GCUGAGCAAAGGGGGGCGGGAAAGCACGGGAAAGGUCCCUCAGGAAAAAAAAAGGGAAGCUGAAGAAAGAUUCGCUGCAGACGCGCUCGACUUUUGUUCGGCUGCUUUUAUCUCCCAAGCUCGUUUUGAUAAGGAUUUUAUUCUUAAAUUCUCUAGCGCUUUGUUAGGAAAGUGCACGCUUAUAUUCUUUUUUCCUCCUCCUUGCACUUGCAGAGGGACAAAAAGGCGUGUAGUUCAGUCCAGGUUUUUUUUUUUCCUAAUUCCAAGUUGUCAAUCUGAAUGAUCAAGGAAAGAAAUAAAGGAAUAGCUGCGUCGGCGACUCUUUAAUUAAAACAUUCCUGUUUCUUUCUCCUCUUAUUUUAAACCUUCAAGCGGGGGGGAGAAACAAAACUUGCCUAGUUAAGCGUCGGUGGAAGGGGCGGCACGGCUCCCGAAGACGAGAGAACAAGACAAAAGCCUUCUUCCUGUUUCCUUGCUGUUGGUGGCUGGGCUGCUUCUCCCAUGACUUUCUGCACUUAGACCAGGCUGUGCCUUAGCCAAUCAAUUCAGAUCGACCUUCUGUCACAGGAGCAUCCUUGGGAAAUGAAACCUGUUGAACACUGAUCACUGUUCUUGGGCCUGUGGUUGUUGCCAUAGAGAGACUUGAGGGGCUCCUUCUCCCCUCGACCCCCCUUUCUGUGUGACACCAGUUUCCACAAAACCCGUGGCAUCUUCCUGCCUUGCACCCUACUCCCCCCCCGUGUGGGGCCUUCACAACCAUGGAUGACUCAGAAGUGGAGUCGACUGCCAGUAUACUUGCCUCCGUCAAAGAGCAGGAGGCACAAUUUGAGAAGCUGACACGGGCGCUGGAGGAAGAACGGCGCCAUGUCUCUGCACAGCUGGAGCGCGUCCGUGUCUCCCCGCAGGAUGCCAGCCAGACCCUGGCCAACGGCACCCUCACCCGCCGGCACCAGAACGGCCGCUUUCUGGGCAAUGCUGACCUGGAGAGGCAGAAAUUCUCAGAACUGAAACUCAACGGACCACAGGACCACAGUCACCUCAUAUACAGCACCAUUCCCAGGAUGCAGGAUCCAGGACAGAUUGUGGAAGAGACUUACACUAUGGAGGAGGACCCAGAGGGUGCCAUGUCAGUUGUUUCUGUAGAGACUUCAGAUGAUGGGACAACUCGCCGCACAGAAACUACAGUGAAAAAGGUGGUGAAGACCAUGACCACACGCACAGUACAGCAGGUACCUGUUGGUCCAGAUGGGUUACCUGUAGAUGGCUCUCCAGUCACCAACAACUACAUCCAGACCAUGGAUAGGAACUUCAGGAAAAACACCAAUGGUGGCCCGGGUGCCUACAUGAGCCAGCCAGGCACAGCUACCCUUCCCCGAAACUACCACUACCCUGAUGGUUAUGGCCGCCCUUAUGAAGAUGGCUACCAUGGUAGUGAACACAAUUAUGGCAGCUUGUCCCGUGUGACCCGUAUUGAUGAGCGCUACCGUCCCUCCAUGGAUGGCUAUCGGGCCCCUAGCCGGCAGGAUGUCUAUGGGCCCCAGCCACAGGUGCGAGUAGGGGGAAGCAACAUGGACUUAAACCGCUAUCAUGCAGAGCCUUAUGGGUUGGAAGAUGACCAGCGCAGUAUGGGGUAUGAAGACCUGGAUUAUGGCACAAUGACAGACUAUGGUACAGCCAGACGGACUGGGACUCCUUCUGACCCCCGCCAGAGGCUUCGGAGUUAUGAGGACAUGUUGGUGGAUGACUUGGGUAGAGACCAGUAUUACUGGGCUCCACUGGCCCAGCAUGAGAGAGGCAGUUUAGCGAGCCUAGACAGCCUACGGAAAGGAGGGCCACUACCAGCCAACUGGCGCCAGCCUGAGCUCCCUGAGGUGAUAGCCAUGCUGGGAUUUCAUCUGGAUGCGGUGAAAUCCAAUGCUGCAGCCUACCUGCAACACCUGUGCUACCGUAAUGACAAGGUGAAAACAGAAGUGCGCAAGCUGAAGGGCAUUCCUAUACUAGUGGGGUUGCUGGACCACCCCAAGAAGGAGGUGCACUAUAGCGCAUGUGGCGCUCUCAAGAACAUCUCCUUUGGCAAGGACCAGGACAACAAGAUUGCCAUCAAGAACUGUGAUGGCGUCCCUGCUCUCGUGCGGCUGCUGAGGAAGGCACGUGACCUGGAUCUCACUGAAGUUAUUACAGGAACCCUCUGGAACCUCUCUUCUCACGACUCAAUAAAGAUGGCCAUUGUGGAUAAUGCCUUACAUGCCCUCACAGAUGAGGUUAUCAUUCCACGCUCCGGGUGGGAGAAGGAGCCUAGUGAAGAUUCCAAGCCCCGCCACAUAGAGUGGGAGUUGGUGCUCACCAAUACCAUUGGCUGCCUUAGAAAUGUCAGCUCAGAGAGGAGUGAAGCCCGUCGAAAGCUGCGGGAGUGUGACGGACUGGUGGAUGCUCUCAUACACAUUAUUCAAUCCGAAAUUGGCCAGAAAGAUUCCGACAGCAAGCUAGUGGAAAACUGUGUCUGCCUCCUGAGGAACUUGUCAUAUCAGGUGCACCGUGAGAUCCCAAAUGCAGAGAGCUAUAAGGAAGCCCCGCUCAACGUUGCCAAUAGUACGGGCCCUCAUGCUGCCAGCUGCUUUGGUGCCAAAAAAGGCAAAGAUGAAUGGUUCUCAAGAGGUAAAAAACCUACAGAAGAUCCUUCUACUGAUAUAGUGGACUUCCCCAAAAGACCAACUCCUGCAAAAGGUUAUGAACUUCUGUUCCAGCCAGAAGUUGUCCGUAUAUACAUCUCGCUGUUGAAAGAGAGCAAAACACCUCCUAUCUUAGAGGCCUCUGCAGGAGCCAUCCAGAACCUCUGUGCCGGCCGCUGGACGUAUGGGCGGUACAUUCGUGCUGCAUUGCGCCAAGAAAAAGGCCUCUCAGCCAUUGCUGACCUUCUGACCCAUGAUGAGCGUGUGGUAAAAGCUGCAUCUGGAGCCUUGCGCAACCUGGCUGUGGAUGCCCGCAACAAAGAGCUGAUAGGUAAACAUGCUAUCCCUAGUUUAGUGAAGAACUUGCCAGGGGGACAGCAGUUGCCAGCCAAGAACCUCUCUGAAGAUACUGUGGUUUCUGUGCUGAAUACUAUAAACGAAGUCAUCAUGGACAACUUGGAAGCAGCAAAGAAACUGCGGGAAACACAAGGCAUUGAGAAACUGGUGCUGAUCAACAAAUCUGGGAAUCGCUCAGAGAGAGAAAUCAGAGCAGCUGCCCUUGUACUGCAGACAAUCUGGGGAUAUAAAGAGCUGCGGAAGCCACUUGAGAAGGAAGGAUGGAAAAAGUCUGAUUUUCAGGUGCAUCUGAAUAACACCUCCAGAAGCCAGGGUGGUUCAUUUGACGACAGCACCUUGCCCCUCAUUGAUAAGAACCAAAAAGGAGACAAGAAAUCUUCUCGAGAAGAGAUUCAGAUGAGCAACAUUGGACCAGAUAACUACUCUACACUGAAUGAGAGAGACCAUAAUAGGACAUUAGAGCGAUCUGGAGAAGAAAUGGAGUCUAUGAAAGGAGCACCACUGAUGCAGAAGAUCUAGACUUGCCACCACUUUGCCUUCUCUGUUUUGGGUUUAUAACAUACAAGUGUGUAUAACUUUGUGGUGAAAUGAACUAAUUUUUUAAAAACUCUUGUUGGCACCCCAGGCCAGCCAGCCAAAUGACUGGCUUCCAGAACCACAGGGCCUUACAUCUCCCUGUAGAUGACUGCGCAUUCAGUCCUCCGGACACUUUUUUUUUUUUGUCUUGCAAAAGCGCAGAAAUUUCUGAAGACCAAAUAUUCUCGAUGGAUCUCACUAUGGCAGACACUUAAAUGACAAGCUUCUGCUGCAUCAACCAGAAGCCACGGAUGCAGACGGAUCUCAGCUGAACUCUUACAUACUGGAACUAGUUUUUCUUAAGGACCUGUCUCAGAGGAGAGCAGAGAGACAGUCUCCUCCUUCUCUUAGCCUAUAGAAUAUAUUUUUGUGUGUGAUCAUUUUUUCAAACAAAGGAUGCUGGGACUACUGGAACAUUCCUGGUGGUAGGGGUGGAGAGGGCAGGUGGGUGGGGAAUGACAAAGGAGGGAACAGCUUAUGAGGGAAUGCAUCUGGCCCACCUGGAUGCAAAAGUGGCCUUAGAAUGCCUCUUUGGGGAGACAGCCCUCCCUAUCCUCAUACACUGAGGAGGAAUGUGUGGGUUUGCAUCUAUUUUCUCCUGUUCUCAUUUGCUUCUCUGUGGUUUAACCUGGAAUGGAUGAUCUCUGUUGAGGAAGCUAUUUAUUGGUGGGGGUGGGGUGGGGAGCAGCAUGAAGUGCAAGAGGCUUGAGGAGGGGGGAAGAGGCCGGAAUGUGUUAAGUGGAAGUUUGUGGAAAGGAAAGGGAGUCUUUAUCCCUAGAAGCAGUAAUGUUGGAACUCCAGUGAGGAGGGGAUAACAUGAGGGUCCUGGUUUGGCAGUCAAAAUCCAACUGGUUAGUGCCCAGGUUGGGCUGAAGGUGCAGUAGGAAGCUGAUGGCAAGGGAAGUUUGGUAAUGGGGGAAUUUGUGCGGGGGGGAGGGAAGGCUGUCUGUAAAUAUUGCCCGUAUCCUUCCAUGCAGGCAGGGGGAUGAAAUGGUUACCUAUCACUAUUUACAUGUGCCUUUCUUUGCCACUGUGAAAUAACUUGGUGCAUUUGGUGGUUUGAGGAAGGGAGAAUGCCUGGACUGGUGAGAUGGACUGGUCCAGAUUAUGCUCCUGUCUUCUUCCUGGCCUCUUGCACUAGAACCAGAAUCAUAUUUCCAUGUAUUAAUAGCAGUACUGGAGAGGUUCGUCUUAGUAGCAGGGAGAGAGCAGGAGUGGAUCUGUUAACUACUAAAAGUUUCCAGGCUGGGGAGGGAGAGAUGAAAGCAUUGUUGGGCAAGGAUCCUGAUCAUCAGUACAUAAUGCACCUUAACGGCAUGCCUCUUCAGGGAAUAGGAGGAGUUCAGGGUCAUCUAGCGGAUCGUUCUCCUCAUCUGCCAGGCAGUAGUCAAGGGGGCGAUAGAGACUAGCCCUGGGCACCACAUUGGUAGCUUCACCUUUUCUACUGAAGAGGAUCUCAGCCUUUCCCUCUCUCUCCUUCGGUCCUGCUUCAAAGCACUGCCUCAGCCCAGCUGCUGGAAAGCUCUGUUGCCCUCAACUCCUGGGAUUCUCUACAUACACACAGUCCACAUUGCAGAAGAUGACAUGCCUAACACAGGAGAUUUCGUGCCUCUCGUAUGCUCCAAUCCCAGUUUUUUCUUUCCUCCUUGGGGGGGGGGGAUUGGGAGGGAUUAAACAUGCAAAUCAGCCUUUUGAGGGAGGAGUUGCUCAACUUUUUUGAAACUAUAAAAUGCUAUUUCCUUUUAUAAUUACAGAUGAACCAAAAAUACCCUUCCCCACUGACCAAUUCAAUACUGUAGGGGGAACUAAUAACUCACUGACUUUUGCUUUUCCUUUGCACCCCAGGGGAGGGGGAUAUCCUGCUGUUCUUUGAGUCCUGCGCUCACUCUGUAAUGCUUUUAAAAUGAAAUGAUUUUUAUAUAAAUAAAGUUUUUAAAGUGUGUAUUUGUUAAAA